GCGCACACGGGCAGCACCGGCACUGCGCAUGCUCAGCGCGUCGGCGCAGGUUUCCGCAGCUGAGGGGGCAGCUCCGCGGCGGCGUCCGGGGUCUCCAGUAGGGCUGACGCUCCGGUGCUCGCAAAAUCCCCCGCCUCGGCUGGCAACGGGCGUCCCUCCACUCCCCGAGUCCCCGGCAGCCGCCGCCACCCCAGCGCGCCCCGAUCUGGCCCCCUGCCCCGCGAAGAUGGCUGCCGUACGCCGGGCCCGCAGUUAUUGCCGCUGCCUGGUGCGCUUCUCCGACCGAGAACUCUGCUAA